AUGUUGUCUUCUCUGGUCUUGACGGCCUUCGCUCUCCUGCCAGUAGUACAUGCAGGUGUCCCGCACAAACGCUGCGGGCCAUUAGCCAAUUACUACAACCAAAAGAUGGAGGACUGGGAAACCUACAAUACUGGCGCUUGGCUCGACAACUGGUGGAACAGCAAUAGCCAACUGAUUGCCGACAACGGGGGCGGGUUUGCCGGUGCCUUCGGUCUAUGGGCAAUGGGAAGCCCAGACUGGACGUGUUUUGAUGGCGGCCCAAGCUCAAACUGCGAUCUGCCGGUGUGUGAUAACCGAGUCCUCAAUGGCCGCGGUGACGACACCCGCCCUGCAUACUAUGUCCUCGAAUCCGUUAAUCGCCUGCACGGUUACUUUGACGGCAUUAGCGAGGCAUUCACCACUACUUCUUUGGGUGCGGCUUUGUCCAAGGACAAAUGGGCUGUCACUUUCUACAAGGAUGCAGAGGUUAAGGGUCUCCUUGUACUCAGGGAGGUACUCAACGCCCUGAUUAUGAUUAUUGGUAUUGGUGCUUCGCUUGCUGGACUAGGCCCUGUUGUUGCUGGUAUAGCUGCUGGUGUUGGUGCUGCACUCGCCGGUGGUGCAAGUGGUGCUACUCUCGCUGCUAUACCUGCUCAUGAGAAUGAUACUUUCGACAAGUCUGCCGACCUAGGUGCAAUUCUGGGCAGCAUCAUUGUGGACUCGAUGAAGUCGUUCACGACCGCUAAUAACCAGUUGAUGCGUGGCCAAACGUAUGGCAACGCAGAUAUUCGCCAAUACAUUGCCGGUGGAGCGUUUCUCACUUACCCAGGGGUCGACAAGAACGCCGUCACUGAUCAAAUGAACAGUAUGAUAGUUGGCACUGCCAUUAAUCAGUUAUACCGUACUCAAAAGGUCUUUAUUAUGGGCGGCGGUGCCUGCGGCGAUAACGAGGGAAUCGGUUCUGGUCCCCAGGAGUCUGUCGUUUGCCGUGACGGCAAGGCCUGGUACCUAUACUACUGGCAGGCGAACGAUGUGAUCUCCACUACCAACCACCAAUGGGGAUGGGUUAAUCCGCCCCCUGGGCUUGACAAGCUAGGUCAGGGUGAUUACGCAGGCGUCAAGGUUACCGAUAUCAUCAACUCCUCUCUUGAUGCCUACAAUACCGCUGGCUAUAAAUACAAUUCCACAGUAGCUGCCAAUCGUGCCUUAGAUGCCAUCAAAAACUCUUGGGGAAGCCCCGGUGCCCAAGGUGCAUCCUGGGAGGGUAUUUUCACCAUUCCGGUGUGUGAUGUCGGCAAUGCUAUUGGCGCGAAUUACUAUGGGAAGGAGUAUAUUUUGCAGCCAUACGGCCACGAGAGUCGCCCUGUCUGGUGCGGACCGAUUUGCAAGGGCAAUGCUCACACGGCGCAAGACGAUGCUCAGACGACGAAAGACUUUAUCACAGCGGCUAAUAUGGACAACUUCAAAAGCUUCAAGCAUCUCUGCCCUGAUAGCCAGCCGGAGCGUCCCGAUCCCCAUUACCCAGGGAGUCCAUUGGUGGGCUGA